AUGGCUGCAUUUCCAACGAUUGUUUUUGGUGUUUUUACUGUUGUAUUUACAUUGCAGCAAAAUCAAUAUCAACAAGCUGCACAUGAACAAGAUCAGCGGCAAGCAGAUGAAAUUAAUCGACGAGUAAUUUUCAAAGAAUAUAUUGACGAUAUGAAAGAACUACUUGGGAAAGGUUUUCACGAACAUAUAAAUCAAUCGCUAUUACAUAUUCGUGUGCAAACUCUCACUGUUCUUCGGCAACUUGAUAUACAACGUAAACGUGAUGUGAUUCUUUUUCUCUACGAGAAUGGUUUAAUUCGUCAUGAUAAACAGCCAAUUCUCCACUUAGACGGAGCAGAUCUUAGUGGCAUUCGAUUUGAAAAAUCGUCCAUGACAAUCUGUAAUCUCUCUCAUCUAUUCCUACCGAGUAUUUACGCCGAGAAUAUGAUUUUCUAUGGUUGUUUUUUAUAUUCAGCCGUAUUCAAUAAUGCUUUAAUGAGUUCGACAAAAUUUUAUUCAUGUAAUAUGGCAUAUUCGAGUUUCGUGGAAACCAAUUUGACUGAUGCACAAUUUCACGAUGUGCAACUUUUUGGUACUGAUAUGAUCGGCGCGGCUUUGAUCCGAACAUCAAUCAUUGGUGGCAUUUUCCAAAAUGUUAAUCUAACUAAUACCGACCUUUAUCACAGCAACAUCAAUGAUCAAUUAUUAUAUCCAAUCACCAUUGGUGGAAUAGCACCAAAUACUUUUCUCAACACUCGAUUUCCGAACGGAUCGUUUAGCAAUAUUCAAACAGACAAUUUAGUUGUUCCAAGUCGAUGCUCUCACAAUAUCACACCUCCUUGGUCUGACCUACUUAACAAAACUUCAGUAACAACUAUUAAUGCUGAUGAACUGAUUUCGACCGCAACGAAUGUGACGAAUAGUGAUUGCUUUUUUAUGUUAAAACCGAAAAUGACCGCUUGGCAUACCGCACGGAUUAUAACAUUUUCCCUUCUCAUCAAUCUGCAACAGGCUAAGCUCAAUUUUUCUUUCCUGGUUGGAUUGAGAAAUGCCAACGUAAAUGGUGAAAUGACUGUUCAGAUACAUUUUUUACAAGAGGAAGGGUCAUUCGAUUAUGCGCAUUCAAUCAGAAAAACAAUUCAAAACAUAUCUUCGAUACGAUUCUUUUCGUUUGUUGAUAUCAUUCCUCGGCAAACAAACUAUUUGACGAUAUUCUUGUUAUGUGAUACAAAGCACGAAUCAGAUCAAAUGUGUCUCUUUGAUCAAGUGAAACUGUCAAUAUUUCAAGAGAAACCUACAAAAGACGAAAAGAAGGUUUCUGCUUGGUAA